AUGUAUGAAGGUAAGAAGAUUGACAUUUCUGAUAAAGAGCCAACAACAAUGAGAGAAACAGAUUUGAAGAGGAAAGAUGUCAAAGAUAUACCACUGAAGCUGGGAUUUUAUAUUCUUCAAAAAUUUGAUUAUAAGAUAAUGGUGAUAGAUGUUGAAGGAAAGGAACUGAAAGUAACAACAGAGUCUGUUCAUGACAUGUUGGGUAUUCCAACUGGUGGAACCAUACUUACACAACUGGAACAAUGGCCUAAAGAUGAUACAAGUUAUGAUGAAUGGAAGCAACAAUUUAAAGAAUGA